AUGUCUGGCUAUAAUACAAACGAUAUUGGCUCCAACGACAACCAACAAGAACCUCAUGAUACUGGUACCGAACGACCUUAUCCUCUAAAUGAUCGACCCUUUGGAGCCAUCAGACACAGGCUGGCCAGCAUGAGAACACUAACAAUUCCUGGAGUGCCAUCCCCGCCCAUUAAUCAGUACAAUCAUCACGCAUCCAACGGCAUUGACGACUCCUUCAAUCCGCAUCAACAAGGAAUGGACGGUAGACAAAUGGCUCCAAACACCAAUCAACGCGGAGUUCAAGUAAUCCCUGUCGAUCUUAUUCCUCCACAGUCUCAAGUUCCGAUGUUUGAUUCUCAAUACCUGAAUGGAGGAGAUCAAUUGCCUGACUAUCAUGCGAACAAUAUCGAAUACACUGCCAACCCACAACUACCUGCUCAUUACCGAGAUGAUUUAACUCUCAUCGACCAUGAUCAAGUACCUCAAUGGCCUGUCUAUCAUACGAACCAUCCCAGUAUUAUUAUUCACCCGCACAUGCCUGCUUAUCAACACGUCGAAGGAACUCCUAUCAGCCAUGGCCAGCAAUUACCUCCGUCGCCUGUCCAUCACGGACACACCGUCAACCCGCAAAUGCUUGCUUGUCACCAAGUUGAAGAAACUCCUAUCAACCAUGGCCAACAAUCUCAAUUGCCUAUCAAUAGUAUUCAACACCAGCCUCAAGAUACCUCUCAUAAUUUCGGUCAACUACAGUCUCAAAUAUCUACCGAUUAUGUAGACGGUGGUGAAUACAUUGAAAUCCCAGAAAUAACGGCUCAUCACCACCAAAAUGAGGGAACUCCCACCAGCCAUUAUCAACAAUCACCUCAAUCGCCUCUCUAUCACGGAUAUACUGUUAACCCGCAAAUGUCUGCUUUUCACCAAGUUGAAGAAACUUCCAUCAAUCAUGAUCGACAACCUCACUUGUCUAUCAAUGGUAAUCAACAUCAGGCUCAAGAUUUACCUUAUAAUUCCGGGCAACAACAAAUUCAAAUUGAGGGCAACUAUGCAAGUGAUAUGGAACAUGGCAUCGGCCAACAAGCAUUCAUUAAUUAUCCAUUCCAAAUUGCUUCAACUCAUUUUGAUCAACCAUUGCCAAUGUCUGUCUAUGUCACGAAUAAUAACGGACACGAUAUCAGCCAGCGAUUACCUGUCCACUUUCCUGUUGGAGGAACUACUGCUCAUUCUGGUCAAGUACCUCAAAUGCCUGUAAAUCAGAUAAACUUCAAUGGUGUCAAUGAUAACCAACAAGCAUACCAAGGAAUGGCCACCGCCGCCGUUUCAUCAUUUGCUAACCUAUCGGCGCAAGAACAGAACGCCGAAUUCCAACACUUUUUUCAACAACGUCUCGCCCUUGGAGAAACGCAAUUGAUGGAGUUCGAAACAUUUAAGAAGUGGUACAUAGGUCAGCAGUUGAGAGGCAAUAUCACACCAACACUGGAACAUGGAGUUACUCCUCUUCAUCACACUCUUGUCUUUAAUAACAAUGUACCAAUUCAACAGCCUAUGAUAUCGCCGAACAAUCAAAAAUACAUGCAACCGCCUACCAUGAUCUAUCAGAAUACGGGAAGAGAAUUUACUACUGGCUUUCAGCACACUAUGGGCCCUCCAACAACUUUGAAUGGACAAGCUAUGCAACCGAACAACGAGCAGUAUCUUAAACAACCUCGGAAAAGCAUCAACUCGGAUAUACGAACAAGAAGAACUUCAUUGGCUGUUGCAUCCGCGGGCCAAUCUCGUUUGCCGGUUUCCUCGCCAUCUAUGGCACUGCCAGCCCAGUUAUUAAAUACGACAAUGCCAGAUCCUUCAUCAACUACGGAAAGACUAGCUCCUCCAUCAACCACAAGAGCUCAAGCCCCCCCAUUGACUACGACAAUGCCAGCUCCUCCAUCGACUACGGGUGUGCUAGCGGUUACUGGAAGAAAUCCAAAAACCGAGGCCACUCCAGCAACCCAGCGAAUGUCCGUUUCAAUUGAUCAACUCAUCAGUUCUGCUGGUGGCAAAUACACUGUUUUCCUUUCGGAUUUACCAGAAGUGUUUGUGUCUGAUCAACCGUUUGAUACCGAGUUUUAUCACUUAUUGGACCACGAAAUCGAAGUUAUGGAUACAAAAGCUGCGAAAGCGAAUACAAAAGUGUUUAUGCUCAGGAAUGAAGAAAGUUUGGCUAUAGUAAGGAUGGCCUUAGGAGAACUACUCCAACAAUCCAUUGCUCAUCUGUCACUGGACACUUCCUCAGACGCACGACAAAGCCUCGAACACUAUGUAACAACCAGAAACAUUGGUUCUUCCUUGAUUAAAUCGUUGGCAUUUGCCCCUGAAUCGCAAUUUGUUAAAGAAGAAAUCAAAGUUGUGCGUGGAACAGAGCAAACAGUCCGAUUGGCUAAAGAUAGUAUCCCAGUGCCCGCAAAACAUACGAUCAUGGGUAAUACUAUCAAUAGUGAUCUCAAUGGAACAGAGGUGAAGGGAAGUUACUCGUUGUAUACGAAAACGACCUUCCUUGAUCCAACUACCCCCUUGAAGUAUGCGAUCGGGCUCGAGAUACAGGUUGCAGAGGUCGGCGAUAGACGCGUUAGACGCGGCUUACUCAAUUAUGAAAGAUCUCUGCCAUCGAAUAUUGUAGGGGAGCCUCUUUGGGCUGAUAUACUCGACCUUUUGAAAAUGCAAGCUACGGAGUGGGAUAUAAACACCAGGAUUCAAGAUUCAUCUACAUGUCAAACGUCAACGUUAACUUCACUAUCGAACCAACAGCAAAGUGACAAAGAGGAAAAUGGUACAGAGGAACAGUGGCCAAUUUCGGGACCGGUACAAAGACAAAGAGCACGAACUAGGCAGUCAAUAACGCCUGAGCUACGAAGAGUUCGUGGAGAGAAGCGCAAGCGCCAACAACAACCAGAGCUCCAUUCUUCGGGUAUAUUUGCGUCGAGCUCUGAGGAACCCAAUUUUUCAAGCGACCACGGAAAAAGUCCAAUGUCUAACACGUCUACUGAGAGUACAAGCAUUUCUCCACAUCUAGUAGCAGGAGAACCUCGAUUUUCAGACAAUUCAAUGCCUAUCAAACGAUCAAAAAAUGGAUAUGAAAUGGUAUUGCCAGAGGGAGGAACCGGUAUGAAGAAAUCUUCGCCUUUGAGAGGGCAAGCUCGCCUGACAUCAAUUCUGCAACCACUCAUGCAACAGAUCUCUCAGAACGACCACAUGCAUCCUGCACGUUCUCCUUCCGAUAUAGUGCGAUCUCCAUUUACAACUGAGACUCAAAGUAGUAUGCCUGCGCAGGUGUCAGCUCAAGCUCAUGAAUCGACCGUCGCGGCAGAAAUAGCUAUUCAUAGGCAGGGAAUGCUACUCGCUAGCAAUGAGAGACCUUAUCAAUACCUUAUUUCCGAACUCACACAACCGUCACGCACAUUUUCAGCUCAAAAUAACAUGCCGACACCGGUGCAAACUCGACUUUUGAGAGAGCCCACAGAGGCAGAACUGGCUCCUUACAGGAAAAAAGUGAACGGCCUCUGGAAGUCAGCUUUUCCAGUUGAAAAGAAAUCCUCAUAG